AUAAAGGUUUAUACACAAUUUAUAUAGACUUCCUGUUGCUUCGCUGCCGACUAAGAGCCAAUACUUCUAACAAGCUCAGUAGUCCUGAUCUAUCAUGGUCUAUGCUGAUUAGACAUUCCUUAUUUUAGCAAGCUUCCUUGUUUGUUGUCUAAGACAUAAUGGCUGAUGAUCCUGCUAGCUAUGCUAGCUUCCAGACUGUAUUCCUUCCCCCCCUUUAAUUCAAGUCAUGACUGCUAAUUGCUUUAAGCUGGCCCUACUGUAUGCUUAGUCCUGUAUUGUCUUUAACUAAGAAGUUCUGUGUAAUAUAAUAGCACAUUUCUGCUAUAGUCUUGACCAUAAAAGGUAGCGACAGGUAUGUAUCAUUAAUGAAUAAUUGAUUGGUGCCAGUACUAGCUAUAUUGCACAACCUUCCAUUCUCUUAUAUUUUAUUAACAACUCCAUAUUGUUAAUGUAACUGCUACUUAAAAUGGUAAGUGUUAAACUGUCUUCUAAUAAGAACUGAAGAAGAAGUAGCUCGGUAUACAGCUACAGGAUACAGCAAGAAAGAAAUACUUGAGAUAAAAGAUAUCAGUCCUUAGUUAUGGCAGCACUAAAGCCUAUUAUUAAGAAGGUCCAGAUUCACCUGCAACUGGGUGGUUCGUUGAACAAUGGUCCUGCAAAAGCUAAGGAACUUUAUGAUGAGCUGACAAAGCUGAAGCCAUUUCUUUUCCAUAGCAACAUUAGUACAGAUGCAUUACAAAGUCUAUCAUGGGACGGAGUUAGGGAGGCACAUGAGCCAAAGACGGUCCUCUGGCUUCAAGACGAAUGCAUUGACAAGUUUUACAUUCUCCUUCGCGGUUCUAUCUCGGUCUAUCUUGAUCCCGAGUCUGAUCUGAGUCUCAGUGAUACGUCCGCUGCUGCAUCACUAGCAGUAGCAGCUGCCACUUCUGGAGGCAGUUCUAGUGCAAAACCACUGAAAACGGCAGCCAGUAAAAAGAGGCUUAGAGGAUACGGGACUGAAAUAGACGUGAUAAAACCUGGGCAAUGUUUUGGCGAGCUUUGUUGUCUCUCUCCGUCCGAUCUCAAUAAAUCCCCUUUCACCUUCGUGACCAACCAAUACACAGAAGUCCUUCUUGUGCACAAAAUAACAUUCCAGCAGCUACUGCAAGACUAUUUCAUAUCUUCACUGAUUGAGAAAGCAUCCUUCUUAAUAUCGCGCUACCCCAUGAUCCAUUCUUGGGAGAUACAGUACCUUUCUUGUCUUUGCAGCGUCAUAAGAGAAAAGAAAUAUUCACUCGGGGAAGUGGUUGCUACUCAAGGCUCUCCAGUAUCUUGCAUUUAUCUCGUAAAGGAAGGUUUGCUUAAGCUGAGUUUGAACACUGAUCGGGUUAACUUAUCCGAGAUUACUUCUAAAAUCCAUCCACCGAUGGGUCUGGUGGCGCAAAUACUUAAACUGGAGACCAAGCCAAAUCAUUCUAAGAAACCCAAGGUGGUUCCUCGCAAGCGGAAAGAGAAACGAGACUAUCAAGGAGAGAAAGAGGCUGUUCUGAGACGCUAUCGAAUAAAGCAACCAAACCUAUUGAGGGAGACCCCUAUAUGUGUAUUAACCAAUGGAGGGAUUGUGAAUGGGAUAGAGUCAAUGUGCGAUUUGAAGUACCAAUUGUUCACACUGCAUGCAGAGAGCAGCAAUCUGGUACUCUACUGCAUAAAUAUAGCUCAUUUCAACAUGCUCUUUCGGUCUCUCUGCUCUGAAGAGCUCAUAGCACAUCUACUCCAGCACGUCCGUCAUUGGAGCGAGAGGUUUCAAGACUUGCAGCUGUUUGAGUACCUCCAGCUUUUGUUUGAGCAGCAACUGAGUGAAUUGGAAAGAGAGAGGCUCAUGAGAGAUGAUGAGCGUGACGCUACCCAGCACUCUCAUCGCCAACCCUCACAUAAUCCAGAGGCUCUACCAAGGCUAAUAAAAGAUUUCAUCUGUCGCUGACCUGUACAUGUAGCUUUUAAAGAAUAAAUGAAUAGUUCUCUAUAACUUUAAUUACAAUUUUAGAUCAUAGCAUUAAAUUUGUUUGUGUGUAUUAAUUAAGAAUUAUUGAAUUGUCCUGUUAGCAGCUGCAAAUUUGAA